UGAUCGUUCGAUACCCGAGAUUGAAGGUUGUCGACAUGGAAAACAACAGGAACACCGGAAACGCCGGAGCCCCACCGCAAGAAAUGCCGACGUGGUUCGUUCGUUGGUUAAACUCCCAACAACCAAGGAAUGUGCCAAACUUCGCGGCGCCAUCGACGUCGACAGCGGUUCAAAGACCGCAAGCCAUCCUUCAGGUACGUCCAAGUACCAGCGCCGCCGCUGAUGUCGAUGGUUGGCAAGUCACUCCACUACCUAGCGACGGGACGACUUCGCCAGAACCCGACCCGGAAAUUCCGGUAGCUCCGGAACCAGCCCCUCUUGCGAGCCCUCUUGUGCAAGAGCCGGGAAGUUCGACCACAUCAGCGACUUCGGGAGCAGUGAUGGCCUCACCACCUAUGCCAAUCACAACAGACAAUGUGGCCGCAAUUUCCGGAGUACUCCGGAGCUUGCUGGAUCGCCCACUUCCAGCUCCUGAACGACCAUCUUUCGAAGGCCUGAAAAGGCAAAAUCCGGUGAAAUUCUUACGAGCCAUUGAAGAAUAUGGACGUUUUUUCGGGCUCGACUCGCAGCGUCUUUUGGGAGUCGCCAUGGAUUGCUUGAAAGGCAAUGCCAAACAUUGGACGGGAAUAUUCCAGAAGAAGUGGCGUGGUUACGAGGACUUUCGACGGGACUUUCUCCGGACCUACUGGUCGGCCAAGCGUCAACGGGACAUCAGAUUUCAAAUCGCUACAGGCCGCUAUGACGAAACCAGGGGCACGAUGCUGUCGCAUUUUGCUUAUUACGUCGACAUGGCGAACAUGUUAACAACACCUUUAUCGGAGGAAGUGUUGCUGGAUGAAUUACUGCGUCACUUCCCCGAAAGAAUACAGUCGUUGUGGGUAUUAGAGAAAAUCUGUACCACCACGGAUGCCGCCGAAUUCCUGGCAGCUCAAGAAAUUCCGGGACAAAAUCCGGGAGAGAAAACCAACAUCGCUCCCAGGGAACGACCCCGCGCAACAGACCACCAGCGGCGUAACGAGCCAAAGCGCCCGCGGCCAAACAUUGACCGCCACGAAGUAACUCGUCCUGCGGCUCCUGCAAAUCGUGGAAAUGGUUUCCCAAAACGCUCAAGUGACGAACAACAAUGGCGCAACAACCAACCCAGCACCAGCAACAACCGUUGGCACAAUAACAACGGAAACAACAGCAACAAUCACUGGCGCAAAAACAACCCCAACGACAACCGCAACAACACAAGUUCGAGAGCGCAGGGUGAAACAUCACGAAACUCCAAGAAUUCGGGAAACGGGGGCGGAGUACAGGACGGGGCCUAAAGUACUCCGGCCAGCAGCACGGCCCACAAAGC